AUUAUUUAGGGAAAGUUCACAUUGUGCUGAUCUUGUGUAAAUAUUGAUAUUGUUUUUGCUCAGGUUUUUUUAAUAAUGCUGACAACUAAAUAAAAUUUACGCUUCUUAAUAAUUAAAUUUUUUUUUGUGUACCAAAGUUGUGUCUGUGUGAGUGUGUAAUAUAGUUGUCGAUUAGUUAGUUUUUUUGCAUUUAUUUUUAUUGGAACUCUCCGGGCACGAAAAUGGAGGAUGUGCUGAAAAACAUACAUAUCGAUGAUCUGCCCUAUUUGGAACGCGAUCUUCACAUUGCCCAAAAGGUGUCGCUGGCAUUUCUGCUGUUUGGCGAUUCGCAUGGACACGCGACAUACAUAUUGCAGAAGCUGCUGGCUCUGAUGCGUUCGCCCCAAUCGGAGCAGAUGCACAGCGAUCUGUUGCAUCAAUAUGCCCUGAAUGCGAAUCCCACACAUUGGCGCGGCCAUCUGAUUGAGGCGCUCUGCAUCAUCGAUGCACGCCAGGCGUUGCGUAAAUUAGGCCUCAAUUGGCCGGAGUUGCGUCUUCACUAUUUGCCACACGUCCGCGAACUGGCGCUCCAUAUACAUCCGCUGCUCAAGGCCAUGUAUCACAUCUGCGAACAGCUAACGAUCACCCAAAGCGGACGACUCAUUCUCGACUUGAAUGAGAAACUGACGCGCCAUAAACAGAACAAUGAGCCACUGCACUUCUAUGAUGCUGACUAUUUGGAGAUCUUUCUGCUUGACUGGCUGACGCAUCGCCAUUUGCGACUGGGCGACAUCAAUGCGGUGGGCAGCGAUGUCCAACUGCUCAUCGAAUACUUUAAAUUCAAUGAUCUGAAGUCCCUUGCCACGCUGCUCAUCGAAACGGUCAACAGCGGUGCAGCGACGCAGGCAGCAGACAAUACACUUCCAGUGGAAGCAGUCGCAAAGGAAGAAAAAGAUGCAGUUGCUGUUGAAAGUGAUGCCGCUGCUAAUGCUCCCACUGCUGCGUUGGAUCGCUGCCCAAAUGCGCUUCAGGUGCGACGCAAAAAUGCCGGCAUUAUGCUCAUAAUCAAUCAGCAGAGAUUCCAUCGCGAUGUCGGCGAGGAUGUGCGCCACCUGCUGCCAACCGUAAAGCUAAGCGAUCGCAAUGGCACCGACAAGGAUAAGGAGCGGCUGACCGACGUAUUUUCGGGACUCGGCUACCAAGUGGAGGCGCACGACAACGUCGACCAUUGGGAGCUGCUCGAUCACAUUCGCAGCGCGUGCUCGCGUUCGCAGCUGCGCGACUCGGUAAUUGUCUGCAUAUUGUCGCACGGAUUCGAGGGUGCCGUCUAUGGUGCGAACAGCAUUGCACUGAGCAUCGUUGAUAUACAGAAUGUACUCUGUGGCAACCGGGAUCUGCACGACAAGCCCAAGUUGCUCAUCAUUCAGGCCUGCCAGCAAAAAGAAGAUUUGAAUCAAACGUGUAUAGUGAAUGCGAGAACGGAGUCACCCAUCCAACAAGCCAAUAUGGUGUUGGCCAUGUCAACAGUGGCGCGCUUUGUUGCGCUGCGUCACAGCGUUAAGGGCAGUUGGUUCAUUCAAACGUUAUGCGAUACGGUUGAACGGAAGGCCGCCACCGAACAUUUGCUGGACAUUCUGACCUAUGUCAUCGGGAAAGUGAGCACGCAACGAGGCGACAAUAAACAGAUGAUGGUGCCCAUUGUUGCCAACACGCUGAAGCAGAAAGUCUACUUUUCGGAUAAUUGAGUCCGCUCCGAUAUAUGUACAUAUGUGUAUAUGCAGUUCAUGGAUUUCUAUAUACAGUUGAGAUAAGAUAAAAAUAAAAUAAAUAUAAAAACUAUUAGAUUUAAGAAUUUUUUUUGUUUUUAUGCUAACUAAUUUGAAAAACAUGCAAAUGUUAAAUUUUUGCUUAUCUUCAGUAUUGGUUGAUAUAUCUUAAACUAAUGUGAUGCAAAUGUAACAUUUAAUGUUAUGUAUUAUCUGUAAAAACCAGUUCUAUGUCUAUAUUAUAGGUUUUAAUUUCUUGUUACUUUCCGUAUCCUUUUCAAAUUAAUAUUUUAUAAGCUGAGUUAUACAUAUACACCUAAACAAGUGGAAGAAUGGAAGAAAAAUAUGCUGCUCUCAUUCUCUCUCUGUCUAACUCGUUGCGAACAAUUUGAAUUUAUAUAUUUAUAUGAAACUAUAUUAUGCAGUAAUAUUCAUUUGCAAAUAGUUAUAGCGAGGAAUUGGAUAAAUAAAAAUAAAAGAAUGAACAACAAUUGAA